CAAUAUCUUGACAUCAAUUUCAAUUUGCAGUUGCAAAGGUUAAAGAAGUCAAAUACUUCUGAGUUAAUUUUUCUGAAUAGGUGAAUAUUACAAGUAAAUAAAAAUGCCUAUCAAGUCGAUCAAAGCCCGUCAAAUUUUCGACUCUCGUGGUAAUCCCACCGUAGAAGUCGAUUUGGUAACUGAGCUGGGUCUUUUCCGAGCUGCUGUACCAUCUGGAGCAUCAACUGGAGUACAUGAAGCUCUCGAAUUGAGGGAUAAUGUCAAGGGUGAAUAUCAUGGUAAAGGUGUCCUUACUGCUAUCAAAAACAUUAACUCUAUUAUUGCUCCAGAAUUACUCAAACAGAGCUUUGAAGUAACUCAACAAAAGGAAAUUGAUCUAUUCAUGCUUAAUCUUGAUGGAACAGAGAACAAAUCUAAGCUUGGUGCCAAUGCCAUUCUUGGUGUUUCCUUAGCUGUGGCCAAGGCUGGAGCCGCCAAGAAGGGUGUUCCUCUGUACAAGCAUUUGGCGGACUUGGCUGGCAAUAACAACAUUGUGUUGCCUGUGCCAGCCUUCAAUGUUAUCAAUGGUGGUUCUCACGCUGGUAACAAGCUUGCCAUGCAGGAGUUCAUGAUCUUACCUACAGGUGCCUCUUCAUUCAGUGAGGCUAUGCGUAUGGGCUCUGAAGUAUACCAUCACCUUAAGAAAAUAAUUAAGGAGAAAUUUGGAUUGGACUCUACUGCUGUAGGUGAUGAGGGUGGCUUUGCUCCUAACAUUCAAAACAACAAGGAUGCUCUGUUCCUUAUUCAAGAUGCCAUCAAGCAGGCAGGUUACUCUGGCAAGAUUGAUAUUGGUAUGGAUGUAGCAGCUUCUGAAUUCUACAAAAAUGGGACCUAUGACCUUGACUUUAAGAAUCCUAACUCUAACCCAGCUGACUAUUUGUCGUCUGAAAAGCUAGCUGAAGUAUACUUAGAAUUUAUCAAGGACUUCCCCAUGGUUUCGAUUGAAGAUCCCUUCGAUCAAGAUGACUGGUCUGCAUGGGCUAGUUUGACUUCCCGCACUCCCAUUCAGAUUGUGGGAGAUGAUUUAACAGUAACAAACCCGAAACGUAUUGCAACUGCUGUUGAGAAGAAGGCCUGCAAUUGUCUCUUACUAAAGGUCAAUCAGAUUGGAAGUGUUACCGAGUCUAUUGAUGCACAUUUGUUGGCUAAACAGAAUGGCUGGGGCACUAUGGUAUCCCACAGGUCUGGUGAGACUGAAGAUACAUUCAUAGCUGAUUUGGUAGUUGGUCUGUCGACUGGUCAGAUCAAGACAGGUGCCCCAUGCCGUUCUGAACGUCUUGCUAAAUAUAACCAGAUUUUGCGUAUUGAAGAGGAGUUGGGAGCUGCUGCUAAGUAUGCUGGCAAAAACUUCCGCAGACCUGUUUAAAUAUUUACAGAAUUCUACUUAUUGUAGAGAUGUAUAUUGAAAGUAAAUUUUAAAACUUUUGUUUCAAAUUGAUUUCGAUUCUACUUAGAAGACCACUCUAUUUAUACAAUAUAUAUUGUAUUGCUCUAGUUACUAAAGUCAUAAAGAUGUUUGUGUAUAUUUUAUUUAGUGUUUAUUAAACAUAACAAGUGCUUCUAAAAUUAUUGCUGUGGCUUUUGAGUAAAUGUCAACAUUUUUGUGAUAGUGUGAGUUUAUUUAAGUGAAAGUGAAAUUAUAUGCAAUUAUUUAAUAAACCAUUAAUAUAUACCUA